GAUCGCAUUACAAAUAGUUCCCAUUUCCCCCUCUCUCCGGAUCCUUCUUUCCACUCGAACAAAUUUCCCUCUUAAUUGAUUCCACAAUCCACUCAUACUUUUCUUCCCCAAAAGCAUCUGGGUGGUGGGUGGGAAGAACAAUCGUUGUCGGUUGAUUUCGAAGAACAAAUGGGUGCUUGUGUGUCGAUUCAUCAUAAGGCUUCUGCAAUGAAGGUGCAAGUGUCGUUUGAUUCUUCAAAACCAGAUCAUAAGUUAGUGAUUCAAUCUUCCCCAAUGAGCGGUAAACUUCCGAUGGUGAAUGGCCAUGUUGCUGUUAAACCUCAGUUGCCCCCAUCUCAGUCGCCGCCUGCUUUCUCCGAUUAUGGCAGUAAAGAGGAGACCUUCUUUGACUCCCAAGCAUGGUUAGAUUCAGAUUAUGAAGAUGACUUUAUGAGUGUUAAUGGUGAAUUUACCCCAUCGAGAGGCAAUACGCCGGUACACCAUAGCUUAACCGUAGGAACCCCACAAUCUAACGGAAGAGCCAUAGCCAUCCCCCCGGACAACAACUUAGUUCAUGGUUCAACACUUGAGCCAUCUCCAUCUCCAACUCCAACCGAAAAAAAGAUGAGACUUUUGGACCUUUUUAAAGAAAGCCUAAGAGAAAAGGUUGAGGAAAUCGAUGAACCACCCAAGAAAGAUGGUGAAAUGGGGUUGAACAAAGAUGGUUUGAAGCCGAAAAGGGGGACUUCUAUGCAGGGUUGCUUUUCUACUUUGCUUUCUGUCCGUAGCGUGGGAAGGCAAAAGAAGGGUUGUCGGGUUAUAAAUUAGCCAUUCGACUUUGAUUGUGGAUUGAACCGAAAGGCGUAUUUUCUUGGGGAGUAUUAUAAUUAUGUAAAGCCAUAGUAACUUUUCUGCGGUCGAUAAUAUAGUUACACAACAAGUACAUGUUUUCCC